CCUAGCUCCUUCGCGGGAUGGGCUGGUCGGCGCCUGGAAGGCAGCCCCCGUCGCUCAAGGGUUCGAUCCUGUUUUCGCUGCAGGUCCCUAAGUUGGGGCUGUUGUGUUGCGGGUGUUACGCCAAAGUUGGCGCUCCUUCAGCGAGGGCAGGGAAGAGAAAGCGGCGAGAGGAAAGAAGAGGCGGUCGCUCUCCUGGCGCUUGCCCGGGAGGCGCUCUGGGCGUCGCAAAGUUUGCCUCGAGACUUGGACAGAAGCAGCUGUUAAAAGGCACCCGACAGCAUGGGGAGACUCGGCCUGAGCUGCUCCGUAGCGCUUCUGCUGCUGGCGACCCUUUGCAGAGGACAAGGUGAUUUUGACUUAAGUGAUGCACUUGGAAAUGUAGUUUCUACUAAGAAUCCUAGUUCGGUUACCAAAAAGCCAGAUGAUGACUUGAACUUAGAAGAUGCCUUAUCAGGUGGCGAUGAUUCCAAAAAGCCAGCACCACCACCCCCUCAGCCCAAACCUGGGAGUCACGGCAAUAGUGGGGGAAUUAGUGAUUCAGAUUUAUAUGAAGGCGAGUUGCCACCUGAGAACCCACAAUCAGGCCGUGCUUCUAACCCUUCCUCAGGUGGGCACGAUUCUGACUCCUCUGGAAAUACAGAAGGUUCUCAAGGCAUGCUCGCUGGCAUUAUUAGUUCAGUUGUAGUGGCAAUAGCUGGAGCUGUUUCAAGUUUUAUAGCAUAUCAGAAGAAAAAGCUUUGCUUCAAAGCAAGUGAUCAAGAGAAUGUUAAUGCAGAAAGCCAGCAAGGAGCACAUGCUGAGCCACCUGUUCAACGUACUCUUUUGCAGAAACAAUAGCAGAAGUUGACAUGAAGAGAAGACCAGAAACUGGAUUCAUAGCCUGCAUAAUUCCCUGAAGCAGCAAAACAAUGGAAUUACAAAGUAGAGCUUAAAAUAGGCCUGUUGAAACAUCUUUAGAAAGGGAGUGUGAUGUUUUAACCAAUGAAAAAUGUUUUCAUCUACCAUUUACCCUUUGAAGUUCAAAAUUGUAGAGAGGGUGACUACUGUUUUUAAAAUGUAUUUUUACAGCAUAUGUUGAUUGGAUUAAAGUUUUUCUUUUUUUUCUUUUUUGCGGCAAGAACCUUGAAAAGGGAGAUGGAUGUACUUGUAAAAUAUCUUUGGGCAGGCUGCUCACUGAGGAAAGUUGUGUUUAUUGUAGACACCCCAGAGAAGUGCAGUUUGUCUUUGCAUACUGAUGCACAUCACACCACAUUGAUAAGGCCAGCUACUUAGAUGUUGGAGACAAAGCCCAAGUUUGCUCUUACCAGAUCAGUUGCUCACUCCAUAGUUGAAGUUACAUUUUACAAAUAGGGUAAGAAUCAUGUUAGGGCUAAAUCCCCUUGUCCCUGUAGCUCCAAUUGGUAAAAAUUAACAUCUUUCCUUCUGCAUAGCUGUUCUUGAUCAGAUUUAGGAAAUUGGGUAUAAAUGUCUUAUCUACCUAGCCAACACUUUUUGAAAUUUUCCCGUUAUAUACAGUACAUAGGAAUUGAAGGCAUUAAAAGCCUAAUUAAGUUGCCUUAAUAUUUCUGACUUGGAAAUAAUCUUAAAAUAAUUCUUAUCUUGAACUUGUUGCAUCUGAAGGUUUCUUAUUUGAAUAUAGUGAAGCUGUGUUUCUGAGCUGCAUGGUCCUGGGAAGAAAAAUGUGAUUUUAAAGAGUGUUCACCAUGCUCCUACGUGCUCCACAACACUUUUCUGGAAUGGAGUCCAAAACACUGCAUAGCCAUAGGAUGAAACUAUAAUCUUUGCAUCAAGCUUGCUUAGGGUUAAUGUAGAGAAUGUCUGCUAUGCCUCCUGUAUCCUACCCCCAGCCGGCAUGGCUAGUAAACAUCUGCCAUUGGUUAGGCCUUAAUUAAAUGUGAGAAUGUAGCCAGGGUAUACAGUGGCUUGCUUAUGUUCUUUGGCCAAUUACUGCCAAAGAUGACAUGCAUCUUGGAUUUCGAUGAGAUUUAUGUCCUGAAAUCAUAAUCUUGUGCAUCUGAAACCAGCACUUUUUUAACACCCCCCAGCUGCGCAGCAGGGACCAGCACACUUUUUUUAUAGCCCCUCCGCUGCCAGUGCCACAAGGAGCCUGAUAGUUAGGUCCAUCCUCUUUGUAUUACAUAUUUGGUAUGGAGAGGUUAAGAUUUAGGAGCUUAACACACCUAUUUACUGCUUUUGGAGUGGUGGUGGUGGGGGGAACUCAAGUGUCUAAGUCAGCAUUUUUCAAACUUGGCAACUUUAAGAUGUAUGGAC